GAAUGAUUACAUAAUUCACUGCUUGACGAGCCUCUCUUCAACAGGAAGCAGCAGAGGCUGGAGUCCUGCCUAGGGAGGUGGUGCGGUCAAUACCGUCCUACCUGUUACGUCUACUAAGGGUGAACAGCAUUAGGCUUACAGCUGCGUGGCCUGCUAUAGAACGUUUCCUUCACACCCAUUUGUGAUCGCAGCUACAUCCCACGCACCAUGCCCACAGAUCGUAAAUCCCACCACUUUUUCUCUCGGACGAAGCCACAGCAGGCUCCUGAGACCCCUGAUGAUCGGCCCCAGGCACCAACCCCCAACAUCCAGGUCACUGUUUCUGCGACAGAAAAUGACCGACCGAUUCGGGUAGAUUAUAAUCAGUCCGCAGGAUCACACCCUGGUACACUCUCUGCUAGUGGCACCUCAAAGGAUGAUGCCGCACAGCAACGAACGCGCCUUCGAGACAGGAUAUCUGACUUAUUCCGGAGAAGCCCCAGCCCCGAUUCCAAUCGUCGCACCCAAUCAAGUACACUCCUGGGCAAUAAUUUCCUGACUUCGUCCGUCCAGGCAUCCCCGGGAGAUCCACCGCCAUUUCUUUCUCCCCUUCCUGCCAAAGUGAAUACUGGAGGGAUUCCGACUGCACUCGUUGGUGACGACGACGCGAGCGUCCCCACGCAGCAUGAAUUCGUAGAUCUCAGGCCCUCAGUUCUGGCUGUUUCAUCGGUUCCAGCGGAACCGGCAUCUCGUAGAUCCGAUGGCGCUUGGAAGGAUAUCAUUGUCAGCGGCACCAAAGUCUCGCUCCAAACCGCGGCCACUGCUCUCAAGCUCGUUCCCAUCCCCAAUCUUGAUCAGCUUCCAAACACGCUCCUGUCUUGGAUUAGAAUUUAUGAGAAUGUCAGCGGUAACACUGAGGAACUCAGCCAACUUGGACUGGAGAAAUCCCUCGUGAACUUGAAUCCCUGGUGCAGAAAUUCCGCGAGGCUUUGAAAACACAACUGGAGGACAUUGAAUCAGUCCAGAAUAAACAUAUCGUCGAGAGGACCAUUCGAGCACCCGAUAUAACACAGCAAAUAACGAAUAUGAAGACCUACUUGAAUGACGUUGUUCAUCGAUUUGAGCUGAGAACAUCGACAUUAAUUCUGCUUCGGACGGAGCGUUUAUCGGUUCAUUCCGAGUUGUCGAGACUCAAGCGAGCCCCAGCCGAGCACACUUGUGUAACGAGCAAAUCAGAG